AUGGCGGCUUCUCUCCCGGUCGUGCCUGCGUUAGUGGGCCUAGGAACAGCGAUAGUGGGAGGGGGAGUGGCUCUACUAAAGCCUGCAGUGGAUCUAAUAGAGGAUGCAGUUCUAAAGCCUACAGUGGAUCUAAUAAGGGGUGCAGGUGAGAUUAUAGGAGAUGUUACAGACAAAACAGUUGAAUGGUUCACCAAUUCCCGGUUGAAGAGCGAGUUGGAGGAACUCCAAAGGCAACUGGAUAAGUGUCGGGAGGAGCGUAGGGAGUGUAAGGAGGAAAACGAUGAACUCCAAAAGCAAUUGGAGGAGUGUAAGGAGGAAAAAGUUAAACACAAAUUGGAAUUGGCGAAGUGCAAGUUGGAAAAGGAGCAGCUUAAGGAAGAAAAGGAUGAACUCGAAAGGCAAUUGGAGGAGUGUAAGGAGGAAAAAGUUAAACACAAAUUGGAAUUGGCGAAGUGCAAGUUGGAAAAGGAGCAGCUUAAGGAAGAAAAGGAUGAACUCGAAAGGCAACUGGAGGGCACAAGGAAGGCGGCUCUUGUGUUCAUGGACGCUGCCGAUAGGUACCAAGAAGACGCAGAGAAGCUAGUUAAGGCAAAGGUUGAGGAAUUGGAGAACACGAGAAAGGCGGCUGGGGCGUUCAUGGACGCUGCUGAUAGGUAUGAAGAAGCAGCAAGGAAACAAAUUAAGGCAAAGGAGGAGGAAUUAGAGGACACAAGGAAGGCAGCUCUAUUGUUCAUGGACGCUGCCGAUACGUACCAAGAAGCAACAGAAAAGAAAUUUAAGGAAAAGGAGGAAGAAUUGGAGCACACAAGGAAGGCAGCUCUAUUGUUCAUGGACGCUGCCGAUACGUACCAAGAAGCAACAGAAAAGAAAUGUAAGGAAAAGGAGGAAGAAUUGGAGCACACAAGGAAGGCAGCUCUACUGUUCAUGGACGCUGCCGAUACGUACCAAGAAGCAACAGAAAAGAAAUUUAAGGAAAAGAAGGAAGAAUUGGAGCACACAAGAAAAGCGGCUCUGGUGUCCAUGGAUGCGGCAGAUAGGCACCAAGAAGCAACAAAGAAGAUGUAG